AUGUCAAACAUUUAUACGCAUAUUUAAUAAAUAGUGUAUCAUUCAUUAAAGAUUGAGAAGGCCUUGUACACUAAAUAUUCAUAAUAAAAAGUCAAAAAAUUUGAGGACUUUUUUUCAACAAAACCAGUAAAGUGGGUCAUAGAUUUCAAAGACAACUUACAUGUAAAGGAGAAUGAAGAGUAUUUAAAAAAAUAUUAUCCGAUUACAAUAUAAUCUAACAAGUUCAAGCAAUUAUUAGAAUAUUACAAAUAUCAUAAAGAUAUACCAAGAAUGUUUUUUGGAUUCCUUGCAGAUAUGGCUACUUAUUUUUAUGAGAAAAAAAAAAAAUAUGAAUACAGAAAGAUCAAAAUUUAACUAGGAAUUCCAUAUGAAUAAUCUAAAUAUGAAAAAUUAAAUGAAGAUAUUCAAGUAUUGAAUAGUAUAACAAAGCUGAGCGAGAAAUCUGCGAAAUCUCUUCUAAGAUAAAUAAUCAAAUUCUAAAAGGAAGACGAUUAUAUUAAUAUAGAUGAAACAUGGUUAACAAUGCAACAAUAAAUUUAAACAGAAAAAAACAAUUAAAAAUAACUAUCGAAAUAACCAACUUAGAAUUUGAAAUUGUUAAAGCAAUUAGUCAUAAGAAACAAUUAAUUAAAUAAGGAUAAGUUAAAAUUAAACUUACCAUUUAAUUUGAUAACUGGAAAAGUUUAAGCAAACAUUAGAAAUUCCUAAAAGUAAUCUCCAGAAAGGCCAAUUCCGACCUAAAAGUCAUCCUCAUAAUAACACAUUAAUAGCAGUUAAGAAGAAAAUGAAUUCUAAAAAUUCAUGAAAGCCAAGAUCAUAAAACUAUCUUAAGAUAAUAAGAUAAAAAUCCAAAAAAUAUUCUCGAAUAAGGUUGAUCAAAACAAUUGUAAUAGCAACUAAGCUAAACAUAGUAGUGCUCACUUUAUUACAAGUACUAGAAGUGUUUCAUCAGAACAAUUAAAAACAGAAUAAAUGCGUUUAAGUUAAAUCAUAAGCUCUGGUGGUAAUAAUUAAAGUCAACCUAAAUUAUUUAAUUACAUUACACCUGUACAUAAAAAAUCUAAUUCACAGUAAUCAUUAUAGACAGAAUUCACCCCUGCUAAAAAGGAAUCAAAACUUAUUAAAAUAUACUCUAACAAUUUUAGUAGCAAGAUCAAGACAUAACCCAAAAAGACUCCUGAAAAAUUAAGAUAAUUUUAUAAAGCAAGUGCGUAAACAUCUCAGAAUAGUUCUUAAAAGAAUCUUCUGAAAAAUCUCGACAAACUUUCCUCCUUUUAACAAUUUAAAAUUAUGUUGGAGAGCCCUCACCCAAAAUAAAAAAAGAAAUUAUAAUUGCAUAAUACAGACACAAUCAGAUUAUAAACAGAAUACAAGCAAAAUACAAAGAGACAAUCUAUUACACUAACUCAUAAUAAAGUUAAUGGAAAAAUUAUCAUCAAGAAAUAAUGA